GAAAAAGAGAUAAUUACAAUGUCAAAACAGGAUGCGAUAAAUGCUUUCAAACAGUGGUUUUAAUAUAAAGUUUAUUGUAGAUGAAACCUCAUGGAAGAUAGGAUGUUCAGUGUCUGUUGCACUUAAUAUGAUAUUUAUAUCAUCAAUUGUUGUUUAUAUCAUAAUUAAAAGAAAAAAAGAAAUCUUUAUGUUCAAAAAGAAUAUUCAUGACCCUGGAAAGAACUGCGAGGAAGCAAAUGUAGGGUCUACAAAUAUGAACACAAUUACAGAUAAACCAUUUUAUGAGGAAUUGGAUGCUUUAGAGAAGAGUUCUGAAUAUCAGGAACUACAAGUGGAAAGCAAAUCGGCUUAUGAGAAUUUAGCAUUUGAAACUGCAUAAAAUAUUUCUAUCGUUUAAAAUAUUAUUUUUUAAUCCUACAGACUGA